UCGGGGGUCGUUUGCAUGCACGUGAAGACCAGACGAUCAGCUGAAUGCAUCAUUUAUUACAACAGCAUGUAUUUAUUCACCAUUAAGAUAUGAUUCGACGUCGGGUUCGGUUAUGAGAACACUCCACGGGGAUUAGAUAACUCUCAACCUCUAAAAGUGUCGUAAAGAAUUCCCAAGUAACAGAAUGAAGACAUUCUUCAUCGUUACUGCGCUAAUUUUCUAUCAUGUACAAGAUUCGGAGACAAAGCAUUCGAUUAAAUCACGCGACACCAACCGACGAGUAUACAGCCAUUGGUCAAAUUGGUCCGAAUGGUCUUUGUGCACUAGAACCUGCGGAGGUGGAGUGAGACAACGCAGCAGAAUAUGCUCAAGAAGUUUUGGAAGCUACAACCGACCUUUGCCUCUAAUUUGCCUCGGAGAUACUACUGAAUAUAUUAUUUGUAAUUCUCAGGAUUGUCCUUCCGGAACGGCAGACUUUAGGGAAUUUCAAUGUUCUAUUUACAACAAGCGAAGAAUAUCAGACCAAAUGAUACAAUGGGUACCACAGUAUGGAGAAAAUCCCUGUGAAUUGAGAUGUCAAGCAAAAGAUCGUAGUCUUACCUAUAGUUUCGGUAAAGUGAUAGAUGGAACCCGCUGUUUUCCAGGAGGUGAAGAACUCUGCGUUAAUGGAAGAUGUCUGCCAGUUGGAUGCGAUAAAAAAGUUGGUUCGGAUACAAAUUACGACAAAUGUGGAGUUUGCGGAGGUAAUAACUCCACCUGCAUUCAUUACAAAGACAUUUAUUUGGAACAAUUUCAUCGUAAACCUGGAAGUAAGAAGGAAGGAUACCAAGAAAUUGCAGUCAUUCCAGCUGGAGCUACUCACAUCGAAGUUCACGAUACCAGUAGAAAUUAUCUAGGUAUGAUAUAUGAAUUCUAGAUCAUUUUGGAAUUA